UGCUUACACGUCUAAUAUUAUUUGGUUGUAAAUUUCAAUUUUAUGUUUCUACCAUAAAUAUUCAUAAAUUAAAUACUGUUAAAAUUAUUCCACUCGUAAAGAGAUUUAUAUGUAUAUAACAAGACGUACAUGGAGAAAUAAAUUAUCUUUUCUCUCUUGAAAGAUUUAAUGUUUCCUAAGUCUAGGCUAAUCUCCUAAAAUGGGUGGCUUAUUCAGUUAUUUUAGAGGACUAUUAGGGGCGCGUGAAAUGCGGAUAUUGAUCCUCGGUCUAGACGGUGCCGGAAAGACAACAAUAUUGUACAAAUUACAAGUUGGCGAAGUUGUUACUACAAUUCCGACAAUCGGCUUUAAUGUAGAGCAAGUAACAUAUAAAAAUCUUAAGUUUCAAGUUUGGGAUCUUGGUGGACAAACAAGUAUCAGGCCCUAUUGGCGGUGUUACUAUGGUAACACAGAUGCAAUAAUAUAUGUUGUAGAUUCAGCAGAUAGAGAUAGAAUAGGAAUUUCGAAAGAUGAACUUGUGCAUAUGUUAAGAGAAGAUGAGUUAUCUAAUGCAAUACUGGUAGUAUUAGCAAACAAGCAGGAUAUGGCAGGCUGCCUCACCGUGGCUGAGGUGCAUCAAGCAUUGGGGUUGGAUGCUCUACGUGAUAGAACCUUCCAAAUUUUCAAGACAUCAGCUGUGAGAGGAGAAGGAUUGGAUCAAGCGAUGGACUGGCUUUCUAAUGCACUACAAGCAAGGAAAUAACACCAGCAUUUAUUUGAAGAGUCCUGGCUCGGCAGUGUCGGAACAAGUGAUGUAGUCAUAUUUACAGCCACUAGGUUAAGUACUUAGCAUCGCCGCCACUUUUGUCUAGUUCCUUGGAUCAACUGCUUUUAAUAGUGUUUUGCAUAGUUGUUACAAGAUAUGGCAAUUGUGAGGAACACAGGUGUCGGCCGAACCACGCCAGAGUGGCUGGUCAAUAUAUAAUAUAUCUAUUUA